GAAUCAAAUCUCCCAAAACCAAUGGCUUCAAACCGGUUUGACUUUGAAGCAUUUGGUCUAGCCGUGGUUAUGCUAUGUGGUGUAGCCAUGGCUCAAUCAGGGUGCACCACUGCACUAGUGAGCUUGAGCCCAUGUCUUAACUAUGUCUCUGGAAAUUCAUCAACUCCAUCAUCGUCUUGUUGCUCUCAGUUAGCCAACGUGGUUCAGUCACAGCCACAAUGCCUUUGCCCGUUCACCGGCAAUGGUGCUGGCUCACCAUCGGGUUUGAACAUCAACCAAACUUUGGCUCUAGCACUACCUGCUGCUUGCAAUAUCCAGACUCCUCCUGUUAGCCGGUGUAAUGACGGUGCUAGUGGACCCACAAGUUCUACGCCAUCAAAUACUCCUUCAGGUAGCGGAUCAAAGACGACUCCAGGAACAAGUGCAGGCACAUCCAAUGAAGCUAUGAAAAAUCUACCACUUUUUGUAACUUUUGUUUUGUUCUUCAUGGCUGCAUAUUUUUCGUACCCUGUGGCUUAAUUGCUUUUGAAUUUUAUAGUCAUCUAUUUUAUUGUGUGUGGUAUGUGUAUUUGUAACGUUUAUUA